UUUGCACGAUAGCAUGACACCCGACAACAUUUGCUCUUAUUCUGCAAUAAAUAUGCAUGCAGUUUAUAUUUACUUGGAAAUCGUCAAGAGACUUUUUUAAUGCACGGUUGACGCACUCGGUUUCUUUAAAAAAAUGUCGUUAUAUAUAUAUAACCGUUUUAUUUUCGGAGUCUAUCAACAGUCACAGCUAAAACGCCGCAACGAUCACGUCGGGCUGAUACUUGUUCCUCGAAAAUCGCAAAAUGGCUGGUAUUUUAUUGAGUAUACUCGCCGUAAUAAUCGUCUUAACGUAUAUUUAUUUAACAAAAAACUCUGGAUAUUGGGAAAAGCGAGGAAUUCCAUGUGCGUCCGGAAUUUUCUCGGGGAUGGUUGGUAUGUUACCGGUAUUGAGCUUGAGGAUUCCAUACGCCGAACGUUUCUGUCGGAUGUAUGAGGAAAACAAGGAUUUCAGCAUGGUCGGAUUCUAUGAUUUCUUAUCACCGGCGUUGAUGAUCAUCGAGCCGGGACUAGUGAAGACGGUGUUGCAGACAAAUUUUGCGAGCUUCCAGGAGAACCAUAUGAAGGUCGAUCCUAAGCUGGACCCUCUUGCGGUACAAAAUCCUUUUUUCUUGACUGGGGAAAAGUGGAUGACCGGAAGAAAGCGUUUGACUUAUGCCUUUUCAAGCAUGCGAUUGAAGAUACUGCUUGAGAGCGUGAAAUUGGUAUGCGCAGGGUUCGAGAGCUUCUUGGAGAAAAAAUUAGGCAAAUCAGUGAAAGCGGAAUUGGAGUUGAAGAACUUAUUUUCUAAGUACACCGCACAAGUGGUGGCAAGCGCGGGUUUCGGUGUGGAUGGAUUGUGCUUCGAAGAGCAGGAAAGUAAAUCAUCCUUCAGAAACAUCACGAAGGAUAUCUUCAAACCAUCUACCCGAAGCUCGUUUGUUGUCACGCUUAUGUUGCUAUGUCCUCCUUUGUACAAAAUUUUCGGGAUGAGUUUCAUACCGAAGCACGCCGAUCGUUUCUUCAGAGAGCUGGUUGCGGAUCUUAUGGAGAAGAGGAGAACAGAGAAUGUAACAAGGAAUGAUUUUCUCCAGUUGAUGGUGGAAUUAGAGCGAGUGGAGAAUGACAAGUUAGACAUAGAGGUGCUAGCGGGUCACGCAAUAUCGUUCGUCAUAGACGGUUACGAGACCUCCAGCAGUGUUUUGAGCUUCCUUGGCUUCCAAUUAGCAACGCAUUCGGAAGUGCAGGAGAAGUUACGCGAAGAAAUUAUGUCCGUACUAUCCAGAUACAACUACAUUCUCACGUACGAUGCAUUGAAGGAAAUGACAUACAUGGAUCAAGUGAUAAACGAGUCACAGAGAAUCACAGCUAUGCAACAAGUUAUGUCUAAAGUCUGUACGACAAAGUGCGAGUUGAAAGGAUCCGACGGUCUCGUCUGCUCCGUGGAACCUGGGACAUUGGUCAUUAUACCCGCUCAAUCUCUUCAUAAAGAUCCUCGAUAUUGGGACAAUCCCGAAGUAUUUAAUCCUGAAAGAUUCUCUGCAGACGGGAAACAGAACAUCGAGAGAUUCGCUUAUCUCCCCUUCGGUGAAUGGCCGCGAAUCUGCAUUGGAAUGAGGAUGGCUUUGUUACAAAUAAAAGCAUGCCUGGCUGUGCUCUUAAGAAAAUACAGUCUGGAGUUUUCACCCAGAACACAAGUGCCCUUGAAGAUGGUACCUGUAAUUUUGUUACCAUCAGCGAAGGGUGGCGUGUGGGUGUUUAUUCGACCACUGUAAUUGUGAAAAUAGUUCUU